GUUUACCAGGUCAGCCCUCACCUGCUGAUACCCGAGAGCUGAGCCGCACUACUUAUUGGUCAGAUUUGUUGGAGUCGCUUGUCAUCUUAGGUUCCCAUGCUCACCGUUCUGAGUAUGUAUUAUUAUAUCUGCCUCCAGCGGCGGGCUCGGUUAGCUAGUAGGGGGGAAAUGAUUAACAGUCGUAGAGCCAUUGAAUCAAACAGCCGUGCUUUGCCAAUGUCUGCUGAAGCUGUGCAAUAUGCCAAAGAAGUUUUGGAUUUCAGUUCCCACUAUGGAAGCGAAAACAGCAUGUCCUACACCAUGUGGAAUUUAGCAGGCACUCCCAAUGUGUACCCAAGUUCCGGGGAUUUCACCCAGACCGCCGUGUUUCGGACAUAUGGAAAAUGGUGGAAUCAAUCCCCGAGCUCCCCUCUUCCUUUCAAGAGGACAUCACCAAGUUUCUUCAGUCAGGAUUAUGUAGAGCUUGCAUUCGAGGAACCUGUGUAUCCUACAGCAGUUCAUAUCCUAGAAACUUAUCAUCCGGGGUCGGUGGUGAAGAUUCUUGCUUGUUCUGCCAACCCCUACUCUCAAAACACUCCGCCAGAUGUGAGAUGGGAAACCCUAUGGUCGGGAGAACCCAGAAGUGUACAUUCUCCUCAGGCUCUCCAGUUCACACCAUGUAUAAAAGAGAUUGAUUUCCCAACAAACCUCUUGCGAUUAGAAACCAACAGUUCUCUCUUGGAAUAUUAUACAGAGCUAGAUGCUGUGGAAUUACAUGGUGUUAAAGAGAAGCCAAUGCUCUCCCUGAAAACGACCAUCAUUGAUAUGAACGAUUUGGACGAGGAUGACUAUGAUGAUGGCUGUGGAAUAGACUGCCUUACUAAUCAGUUUAGUAGCUCCAGCCUCAGGGAAUGGACAAAUAAUGGCUACUUUGAUAAGCUGCCUUAUGAGCUAAUCCAGUUGAUCAUUAGCCACUUAGCACUUACAGACUUGUGUCGACUGGCGCAGACUUGCAAGCUCCUGUAUCAGCAUUGCUGUGACCCUCUGCAGUACACUCACCUAAGUUUACAGCCUUACUGGGCCAAUCUGAAGGAUGCUUCUCUGGAGUACCUGUUGCCACGUUGCACUCUGGUCCAGUGGCUAAAUCUAUCUUGGACUGGCAACAGGGGCUUUAUCUCUACCUCAGGAUUUAGCAGACUCCUAAAAGUGUGUGGCUCAGAACUGGUGCGCCUGGAGCUGGCAUGUGGACACUUCAUAAAUGAAGCAUGCCUGGAAGUCAUAGCAGAGAUGUGUCCAAAUCUUCAGGAAUUAAAUCUCGCCUCUUGUGAUAAACUGCCGCCUCAGGCUUUCAGCCAUAUUUCUAAACUUUCUGGAUUAAGACGCCUUGUUCUCUACCGCACAAAAAUUGAGCAAACAGCACUGCUUAGCAUUCUGAACUUCUGUCCAGAAAUACAGCACCUUAACCUUGGCAGCUGUGUCUUGAUUGAAGACUAUGACCUAAUAGUUGGAGUUAUAGGUGCUAAAUGCAAAAAGCUACGCUCUUUAGACUUGUGGAGAUGUAAAAAUAUUACUGAAAAAGGAAUAGUGGAGUUGGCUUCUGGUUGUCCUCUUCUUGAAGAGCUUGACAUUGGGUGGUGUCCUACGCUUCACAGUGGUACUGGAUGCUUUACAAGUCUUGCCCGUAAGCUCCCAGGUCUUCGAAAACUUUUCCUUACAGCUAACCGCUCUGUCUGUGACACUGAUAUAGAAGAACUAGCUGCAAAUUGUCAACAUCUUCAAUAUCUAGACAUUUUGGGUACUAGAAUGGUGAGUCCUGCUGCCUUACGGAAGCUACUGGAAUGCUGUAAGGAGCUUGCGCUAUUGGAUGUUUCCUUCUGUUCUCAAAUUGACAGUCGAGUAGUUCAGGAACUUACCGCAAGAUUUCCAAAUGUAUCCAUCAAAAAGAGUUUCACCCAGUGAAUGGCAACACUGCUCUGAUCUUCAUUUUUUAAUAUGUGAACUACAGACUUUAUUACUUUUGUUGUUAGCCCUAGCUCUUCCAGUCAUAUGCUCAUUACAGAGGUUCUCAAAUGCAGUCCUUAUGGCACCCCAGUGGUCAAGGUUUUAAGUUUAUCCAUGCUUAGCCACAGGUGAUUUGAUUAGCACCUCAGUCAAUUAGAUUUAAACAUCUGGGCUGAGCCAUGGAAAUACCUAAAACCUGGACCGUUGAGGUGCCUUGAGAACCGCGUUGCUCAUUACACAAGUUUACAGAGCAGAUUUUUUAAUGCGUUUAAAUUAUCAAUUUAAAGUGUUUAAUGCUUGAAAAAAACUAUUCCUUUCUUGAAGUGUAAUUUUAGAUAAUUUUAUAAAUCUUUUUGUCUUUGUUCUUAAAAAGCACCUUGUUUUUAUUACAGAUAGCCCAGUGGUAGCGAUGCUCAGAAAAAAAUAACAUUAUUUACUUGGUAGUGCUAUUGCAAUUUUUUUUUUUCUUUCCUAUUUAUUACUCUGAAGUGAAACAAAAAAGUUUAAUCUAAUAUGAGAUGUUUCUGUUACAACAUUUAGCUUGAAGCAGCUAUCCCAUGAAAAAAGAAUGCAAUUUGUUUUUUAUAACAUAAAUAACUGACAGGCUACAAGAGGCUGACCAUUACCAUAUUUUCUUGGUUUGUUUUUUCAGGCUGCUAGUAAUGAUUUAUGGUUCUGCUGAGUUUCUAUAAUGUCAUGUGACUGCGAUGGCAAUCCGUUAUAUGGCACAUUAAGGAGCGAGCAGAGAGGCUUUCCAAUGCCUCUCUCAGCUCUGUCUCUGCUGUAAAAUUCUCCACCCUCCUCCUCUAUGUGACAUGCUAAGAGUAUAGGUUUGUGUGUGUGUGAUUGCCCUCCAGAGAGAUUUAAAAUAAAUGAAAUUAUUUCAAGGCGCCUAAGCAUAAUAACUAUCCGAUGCAUGCUUAACAGAUACUUAACUAGCUACUUAAAGAAGGAAAGCAUCAAAGUGGUAUUGCUGCUUUAGAAAGUAAUGCAGUUGUAAUGAAGCACUUUUAACUUUUGCAGAUUAAGGUGGAUGCUUUCAAAGUUACAUAUAUACACUGCUGGUAAAGACCCCUUAUUCCCCUUCAAAUGCUUUUUAGGGCAUAAAACAGCAAAAACCUGGAUACAAGAUUGUACUGAUGUUUUUUCAUUAUAUAUUCAUAUUAAGCAUUUGCAGUCCCUUAGUUAAUAAAAUGUAAUAUAGGAGUAUAUACAGUAAUGUUUAUAACAGUCAAGUAUUUAAUCAGUCCCCAUCAGUAUCUGUGUACCAUAAUAAUAUAUUUGGCCGUAUAGUGGAUCAUUUAGAAGCUUCUGGAGCAGCGGAUAAGCCCAACAUAAAUCAGUGUAACUUUAUUGUACGCUGUAUACAGCGGUAAUAUCUGAUUUUAGGCCACAUAAAAAUGUAAUGCAAAGGUGGUGUCUUUUACUUAGUGUGAUGGACAGAUUGCUGCAUAAUUUUAUGGAAGUGGCAAAUAUAGAAUGGUUAAAGUAAUAGAAUUAUUACAUGUAUAUCUUAUUGAAAUAUUAGAGAUGAUCAGAUCAGCUUUUGUAAUUUUUGAAGACUGACACAAAUAUUUACUUUCACAAAAGACUCGGGCCUUAUUCAGGUUUGUUAGCAAAGCAAAAAAGCACACAACUGGGAAAAACCAUUCUGCACUGCAGGUGGGGCAGAUGUAACGUGCAGAGAGAUUUAGAUUUUGGUGGACUGUGUUCAAACUGAAAUCUGAAUUGCAGUGUAAAAAUAAAGCUGUUUAACAUUUGUAGGCUACAUGCAAAAGCAGCCAUUAUUUACCCUGUACAGAUUACAUCUGUACUCUAUCUACUCUAUGUAUCUUUCUGCACAUGUGACAUCUGCCCCACCUGCAAUGGUAUUGCCCAGUUAUGUGCAUUUUUGCUUUGCUAACAAACAUAAAUCAGGCCCUCAGAUAACCUUAUUCGCUCCAUCUAGCUGCAUUAUAUAAAGCAAAAGCAGAAAUAUUUUUACUCCAAAAUGAAAAUCUUAAUGUACUAAAUAAUCAUGUUUGAAAAACAGGUAAUUUCAAUGUUCCAUUACUUUUCUUCGUUACAUAACUAAAGAAGGGGCAAAAUAGCAGUGCAUUUAGUAGACAAAGGGACACGUUCAUAUGAACCAAGGGUGAAGUGCAGAUGUGGCAUUUUUCAGUGCUUUGAACAUGUAGGCAGAUCUUUAUUGUUUUAAAUUGCAAUAAGAUAUCGGCAGCGGUCAACUAACUACUGAACAUAGUUAUGCACGGGGAAUUGAAAUAGACACAGUUACAUAUUAUAAUGUGUCUUGCUCUGAUCAUUUUUAAUCUUAUAGAUGACUCCCCAUCGUUUUAAAAUCAAUAUUGCUGAAUAUUGUAUAAAAUUCAUACCUUGACAAAUCAUGAAUUACAGCCUCCCUAAAUUGAUUUGUAGAUAAACUCCAUUAAGUUACAGUUUAACCAAUUAAAUGACUCACACCAGUGAUUCCAGUAAUGCACAUUCUAUAGUAUUUAAACUCAUAUAAAUGCAAUAAACAAAUCACCAUCUCUGAAUUGUUGGACAAUUUGACACAUUGACUAAUACUGUUUCCUUACAGUUCCAGGGUUCUAGGUUUGAUUCCAACCAGGGUGCUGUUUUCUGGAUUGGGGUUUGUGGGCUAGAUGCAUGAUCGCUUAGAGCAGAGGUUCUCAAACUCGGUCCUCGGGGGCACACACAGUGCAUGUUUUGCAGGUAACCCAGCAGGUGCACAGGUGUAUUAAUUACUCACUGACACAUUUUAAAAGGUCCACAGGUGGAGCUAAUUAUUUCACUUGCGAUUCUGUGAGGAGAACUGCAAAACAUGCACUGUGUGGGGUCCUGAGGACCGGGUUUGAGAACCUCUGGCUUAGAGAGUGAUAAAAUGGAGAAAGAAAAAGUACCAGCCAAUCAGGUACUAACUGCCAUGUCACAGACUGUGUUUCAAAAAAGGCAGUUAGGAGCUGAUUGGCUGGUGCUUUUCCACUCUCAAUUUUAUCACUUUCCAAGCAAUGAUGCCUCUGGCCCUGUAUGUUCUUUCCAUGUUUUUUCUGGGUACUCUAAUUUCCUAUCAUUGUCCAAAUACAAAGUGUUGGUUAGUUGACUUCUCACUAAAUUAUCCCUACUUUGUGUGCCUGUGGUAAGGAAAUUAGGUUGUAAGCUCCAAUAGGGCAAGGACUGAUAAUAAAAUCUGAUUUUGCAGCACCGUGUGAUGAUUUUUGCAAUAUAAAUAAAAGAAAAUGGUGAACA